ACCUAAGAUUUCAUCUCUCUCGCUUCCUUAUCUCUGCCAAGCGGCUAAGCCCCUCAAGAGAGGUGACCGAGGCAAAAUCGGAGCAACCGGCGAAUUCAAAUGGUGGAAAAACUCGAAUCCAUGGGAGAACCAGCGAAAGGGAGGGUGGCCUCACUCUCAUCAGUCUUUCAUGAGGAUGAAGCUAGGAAAGCUAUUCAAGCUGCAGCACGUGCAAGAUGCCAUAGCAGAGAGGCGGAAGUAGAUGGACCAGCUACAUUGGUGGCCCAAAGGGCCGGCCCUUACCAGCUGAACGACUUCAUUCCUGACAAAAAAAGAGCCUAAGUACAUAUUUUCCUGCAGGUGAAAAAAGAAAGGAAUUGGUUUGCAUGAACAAUGCUCUAUAUGAGUUCGACGAAAUGCCUCAACAAGAUGUAAAGCCCAGGUGUUAGGACGAAGCAAUCAAACAACUUCACCUUUUGGAGAGGGAAUUUCAAGUGUCAUCUGAUAAACUCAAUAAGAUUACGACUUUGUAUGAGAAACAAGUUCGAGAGGAGGAUAAUUUAACAAAGAGACCUUGAUAAAACAUUUGUAGUAAAGGGAGUCAACUUGACCGAAGGGCUAGUUUUUCACCGUGUCAUCUCUAAGAUCGGCUCAAGGGAAAGUGAAAAUAGGAGCUAGCUAAACAAGAUUUACUAGUUGAAUUGAGAAGUUUUCAAGUAAUUGAAGUCUUAAAAAGGGGUGGUGAUUGAUAUCUCAGUUUAAAAAGACAGGGAUGUAAUUCACUUUCAGAGAAGACGAAGUGGUAAUUGAUAAAGAGCUUCAUUUCGA